AACUAAAAUAAACAUCUGAAAUAUUCUAUAGCAAUUCAUAGCAAUUGACUGGAUUAUACUAGGGAUAGCUCGCAAUCUGCUUCCCGUAACACUCUAUAGCUAAGUACCUAUAAGUUUUAUAGCAGGCGUUACAGCAGGCGUUAUAUCAGUUGGUGGCUGUGUCCGAGAUUCCCGUCAAAGGGGGUAGAGCUUGUAUGUAUAUGCGACAACAACUCUACAGUUACAGAUUUACACGUUUACACGUUACUGAAGGUUGCACCUUUCCAACUCCGACACAAAACCUUGAGUUAAGCCUUAAAGCUUAAGGGACACCACAAAACCACCUCAUGCUCGGGCAUCUAAGAACAGUCUGCUCCCGCGCCUAAUGUAUAACCGGUACGCGCGCACUUUGCUCUACCGCGCGAGGACUACUGUCAAUACAUCACCACCACAACUCGCGAGCAAGCCCGUCGGAGCGAUACGCCGAGGCGCACAAGCGGUAGUAACAUCCCGUCCGCGUUCGCUUGUGUAUCAUCACGAUCACGAUCACGAUCAGGGUCAGGGUCAGGGUCAGGGUCAUCGAACUUUUGCAGUCUCAGCAUCAGCCACAACAGUACCAAAAGCGGAAACUAUGGCAGAUCCCGCGGGUCCCCAGGCCGUUGUCACUCCCAAAUUCUCGGCUGGCAUCGACGAGGCGGCUCUAACGCCGACGCUAGAGCCGUUGCUGGCAUCAGCAAGGCGUGGCGGGCGGUGGGUGCUGACUGCUAGCGGCGAAGGUCUGGAGAGGAGCUUCAGGUUCAAGACAUUUGCGAAGACGUGGGAUUUCAUGACCGCAGUAUCACUGCAGUGCAAGUUGAAAAACCAUCAUCCGGAAUGGUCCAACGUCUAUAAUACGGCGUAUAUCCGGUGGACGACGCACUACCCUCAGGGCAUCUCGGAAAAGGACGUCGAGCUAGCAGCGAUCUGCGACGGCCUCGCUAGCGACUUUAGUGAGAUCGUCGAGGAGCCCGGUGCUGGCAAUACCUGCGAGCUGAAGCGCGUGGUUGACCACGCCGUUACUAGCGCGGGGGAUUGCUGUACUCCUGCUAAGAAAUAGAUGAAUGCCUACCUAAAGUAAAGAAACAAAUAAACAAGGAGAAGAGGAGGAGGCCCGGAAAUAUACAUAGGUACCUGACCUAACAUAAGUAGUAAUGGGCUACGAGAUACCAGGCCGCAAUACAGAAAAUUCUUAAGACCUUCCUCUGACCUACCCGUAGACCUUUCUAUCUGUAAGACAUUGGACUGACCGACUGGCUUCAUCGUUCUGACCGCUCCGGGUCUACGGGUUUAGAUAUAAUCAUGAAAAUGCUACCUACUAAAGCUGCUUACUAUCAGCGGUCAUACGGGAAGCAAAAAAGAAGGAAAAAGAAAAAGAAAAAGAAAACACCAAUGGUCCACGAACACAUGUUUUACAGUCAGGGCUACGACCCGAGGGUCAUUUCGUUCCAGUUUGUUGUGUUUUGUUUUUAAUAGUUCCAAUGAAGGACGUCAAGGUAAUAUUAUUAAUCUAUGGGUAAUAUAUACUGUCGUUCUCUUUCCUUUCC